GCAGGGCUGGGCAGGGGGGCGGCUUGGGGGUGGCAGGGUUUGGGUGAGAAAUGGCAGCCCAUGGGGAACGACCACAGGGCUCUGGAGCCUUCAGAGCCAAGCCCCGACGCCCCUUCCCACCUGCGGGGCAGAACUGGGGAUGGCAGGGGGGAAGGUGAGGGAGGGUGAGGGAGGGUGGUUCCCAAAGGAGAUGCCAUCCCUGGUAAGGGGACAUGGGCCCCUGGGAGUUGGGUUGGGCCACAAAGAGAGAGGCCUGAACGGCCAAAGGGAGGGGGCGUGGGGGAAGCCGCAGCAUCAGACCUCUGCCUCCUCCCUCAGAUCGUGAGGCUCCCCAGCCUGGCUCGGGAGACCCCGAGAUCCCCUGCUCCUGUCCACCUCUGACAGGCGACCCCCUGCUCCUGUCCACCUCUGGGUCCCUACGGACAUGGGGAGGGGAGGAGGGAGGCCCCAGCUCCCCGCGGGGGAGGGGCGUGAAGACGCGCGGGGGUGGGGGGAGAUGAGCCGGCGUCGCCAUGACAACGAGGCCGGUGGUCCGGCCCUGCGGACCCGGGAGGGAGGGAGGCGCCGUGGGCCGCGCGCGCGGGCCGGGGCGGGGGCUCAGGUCUCCCAGGAGUAGUUGGGGAACACCCGGCGAUUCUGGCGGCUGCUUCCUGGUGGCGCAGGGAGCCCGCGUGUUUGCGAGUGCGUGUGCGUGCGAAGUUCUCCGGGUAAGUGUGCCAGCGCGCGCCUGGGUGUGUGCAAGGGUGUGAGCGUGCACACGUGGGCACGGGCGUGUGCGCGCGGGGGUGCCCGGCUGGAUGUGUGCACACGAGUGUAUGCCGGCCCGCGUGCCCCUACGUGAGUGUGCGCGCGCGAGCACACGUGUGUUUGUGCGCUCGCGUGCGCUCCCGAGCGGGCCCCGGGUGGGAGUCCGAGAUCCCGCCCCCUCCCCAGCCCCGGCGCCCCUCCCCGUCCCCCGCCGCCGCGCCGGCUGCAUCCUCGCCUCCACCUCACUCACCCCCUCCUCCCCGCACUUUCUCGGCGCUCCCUCCCUCUCUGCUCGCACAGCUCGACUCCGCGCUCUCCUCGCCGGCCGCCGCCGCCCAGCCUGCGCCCGCCGUCCCCCUAGUGCCUGGGCACCUGUUGGAGGCAGAGGCAGCCAGGGGUGCUGCAUGAGGGGCCGCAGGGGCGAUCGCAUGACCAUCAACAUCCAGGAGCACAUGGCCAUCAACGUGUGCCCCGGGCCCAUCCGGCCCAUCCGCCAGAUCUCUGACUACUUCCCCCGCCGGGGACCAGGACCUGAAGGGGGCAGCGGGGAGGCCCCCACCCAUCUGGUCCCCCUGGCUCUGGCCCCCCCUGCAGCCCUCCUUGGGGCCACCACGCCUGAGGAUGGUGCGGAGGUGGACAGCUAUGACUCGGAUGAUGCCACCGCCCUGGGCACGCUGGAGUUUGACCUUCUCUACGACCGGGCCUCCUGCACUCUGCACUGUAGCAUCCUCAGGGCCAAGGGCCUCAAGCCCAUGGAUUUUAAUGGCCUCGCCGACCCCUACGUCAAGCUGCACUUGCUGCCUGGAGCCUGUAAGGCCAAUAAGCUAAAAACGAAGACUCAGAGGAACACACUGAAUCCCGUGUGGAAUGAGGACCUGACGUACAGCGGGAUCACGGAUGAUGACAUCACGCACAAGGUGCUCAGGAUCGCCGUCUGUGAUGAGGACAAGCUGAGUCACAAUGAGUUUAUUGGGGAGAUCCGCGUGCCCCUCCGCCGCCUCAAGCCUUCGCAGAAGAAGCAUUUUAACAUCUGCCUCGAGCGCCAGGUCCCGCUGGCGUCCCCCUCUUCCAUGUCAGCGGCGCUGAGGGGCAUCUCCUGUUACCUAAAGGAGUUGGAGCAGGCGGAGCAGGGGCAGGGGCUGCUGGAGGAGCGUGGCCGCAUCCUGCUGAGUCUCAGCUACAGCUCACGGCGCCGGGGACUGCUGGUAGGCAUCUUGCGCUGUGCCCAUCUGGCUGCCAUGGACGUCAACGGUUACUCGGACCCCUACGUCAAGACGUACCUGAGGCCCGAUGUGGACAAGAAAUCCAAGCAUAAGACGUGCGUGAAGAAGAAGACUCUCAACCCAGAAUUUAACGAGGAGUUUUUCUACGAGAUAGAGCUCUCCACUCUGGCCACCAAGACCCUGGAAGUCACCGUCUGGGACUAUGACAUUGGCAAAUCCAAUGACUUCAUUGGUGGCGUGUCCCUGGGGCCAGGUGCCCGAGGCGAGGCUCGGAAGCACUGGAGUGACUGCCUGCAGCAGCCAGACGCAGCCCUGGAGCGCUGGCACACCCUGACCAGCGAGCUGCCCCCUGCAGCUGGGGCUCUGUCCUCAGCCUGAGUGGACAGCAGUGUCCCAGCACAGGCCCAUCGAGCCGGGUCCAGUACCCAACCUUCGCACGAGUGUGUUGCACGUUUACACGGGGUGGGCUGCCCCCACCCUGCACUACCUGUCUUAUUUUUGUGAGUCUCCGUGACCCGGGUCUGUCUGCUCAUGAGGGGCUGUGGAGUUCUAUGUUCACAUAUGCAAACCUCCUGCCUGACUCGCUAGUCCCUGCAAAUAUGCAAACCCCCCAUCAUGUGCACACCCGGGCAGUGCUCAGAGCCUGGCCCCAGGCCCCCGCGCUCCUCACUCCUGCCUCUCCACGCUGCCCCGUCCCUCUCCCCCGACAGGGAGGAGGUCGGAUUAGGGGAGGUUCAGAGGAGGAGAAUGUCUCAAAAACAAAAAGACAAAAAACAAACCCAGAGCCACUCCUUUAAUACAGAAACGUCAUUGAAAAAACCUAGCCCUGUACAGCUGCCCUUUUAAAGAGGUGGCCAUCGCAGGGUCUCUGCCUCCCCAGCAGGUGGCAGAUGCUCCCGGCCACUCGUUUAAAUAACUGUCCCCUGGAGGGGGCCGGGGUUUGAAGGCAGGGCCCCUGCCACCCUCCUGGGGGACACCCGUGCAUGUUUACGCCUUUUCUGGUUGUGUCAGUGGCCGGAGCAUGGCAGCUGGGCGUCAAUAAACACCUCCGAGGAAGCUGGA